GAGCAUUCCGAUAUUUACCGGUUUGGAUUUUAUUUUGUACUUCACUUCUACCGGAACCUUAGAGUAAUGUCGGCUGCUUUUAUUUCGAAGGAACGACUGUUUACCCGGAAAGCUUUUAUUUUGGUCCGCCCAACGCACACAGAGACACAUGUGUACAGUCAGCUAACAAAUUUACUGUUUUCUCCUUAUAAUUAUUUUCUCCCUGCCAGUAAAAUGCAGCUAUGCAGUGUGUGCAGCGAGCAGACACCAAAAUACAGAUGUCCAGCCUGCAAAAUAAGAUACUGCUCGCUUGGGUGUUACAAGAGGCACAAAGACACCUGCCUUCCUGUUGAGAAGCCUCCACCUCCAAAACCUGAAACUAAGGAUGCUGGGAGCACUGAGCCUUGGAGCGUUGAAGGCCUCCUGCGUGAAGAUGACGUCACUGACAAAGUUCCUCUGCAGAGGCUCCAGAUGUUAGGUCAGUCAAAAGAGCUGAAGGACCUCCUUUGUAACCCCCAUCUGAGACAGUUACUGCACUCUAUAGACAGUGCAGACAGCAAAGAGGAUGCAAUGAAAACAGCCAUGCAGGAGCCGCUGUUUGUUGAAUUCUCUGAUCAGUGCUUGAAAAUUGUAAAGAAUGAAGCAAAAUCCAGUGAAGAUGGUGACUCGUAAAAUCCAACUUGCAUCUUUUUUUUUGUACAUUUUUGUAGGGAAUGGAAUAAGUGUCGUAGGUUUGAACACACGUUAUGCAUGUCGUGUGGUUGCUGCAAUUUGUGUUGACUUCUCAAACUACAGUAUGUAUUUAAUGUUCAAAUAAAAACUGCAACUUUUUCAAACAGUAAUAAUGUCCCGAGUCAGCACUAACAAGACUUCAUAUGCAAAGAGUUCAAGCUGAACAUCUUUA